AUGAGAAACCAUUCAACAAUAAGAACAUUCAUCAUUCUGGGAUUGACAAAUGAUCCACAACUAGAGAUUUUGGUUUUUAUAUUUCUGUUUAUCUCAUAUACAUUAAGUUUAAUUGGGAAUCUGACCAUAAUUUCACUCAUCUUGGUGGAUUCUCAUUUAAAAACAGCUAUGUAUUUUUUUCUUCAAAAUUUCUCUUUCUUAGAAAUCUCAUUCACAACUUCUGGUGUCCCCACAUACCUCUACAUCAUAUCAAGUGGGAACAGGGCUAUCAGCAUCAAAGCUUGCUUCAGUCAAAUUUUUUUUGUAGUCCUCUCUGGAGCAACGGAAUUUUUUCUGUUGGCUGUGAUGUCCUAUGACCGCUAUGUGGCCAUCUGCAAACCCCUGCAUUACGUGACCAUCAUGAACAGCAGAGUCUGCAGGACCCUCAUCCUCAGUUGUUGGAUAUCUGGCUUAUUCAUCAUCCUUCCACCCCUUGGUUUGAGCCUUAAUCUGGAAUUCUGUGACUUUGUUAUUGACCAUUUUUUCUGUGAUGCUUCUCCAAUACUGAAGAAUUCAUGCUCAGACACAUGGUUCAUUGAACAGCUAGUUAUAUUCUUUGCUGUGUUGACUUUCAUAAUGACUUUUGUGUGUAUAGUUCUGUCUUAUGUAUACAUCAUUAGGACGAUUCUAAGAUUACCCUCAACCCAGCAAAGAAAAAAAGCCUUUUCUACAUGUUCUUCCCACAUGAUUGUGGUUUGCAUCACCUAUGGUAGCUGUAUCUUUAUCUAUAUCAAACCUUCAGCUAAGAACGAAGUGGCAGUUAAUAAGGUGGUUUCUCUGCUAAUUAUGUCUGUAGCCCCUUUGUUGAACCCCUUCAUUUAUACCCUAAGAAAUAAGCAAGUAAAGCAGUCUUUCCAUGAUAGUCUCAAAAGACUUGCAUUUAUUUCAAAGAAAUAUUAG